UGGCAGAGAAGUCAAGGUCAGUCACUCAUAGGCGCCAGAGCCAGGCACAGUGUACGAUGCCGAGGCGCUCGGUUAAAGAGACAGUUGUCUUAUACUACUCUUUGAUGACAAGAACGCAGAAGUGCCUGGCUCUCACUGCGGUCGCGUUGGUGGCCGUCGUGUCCCCGGUAGUUGCCAUCAGUGCCCUUACCUUUCCCGUAUUCAGUGUGAGCAACAACCAAGACGUGAAACAGAUUUCCCUCGACGGCGCUUCCCUUCAAGAGCAGGAUGAAAACGGCGUGAUCUCCGGAACCUGCACCUAUGAGGACGAAUCGGGAAGGACUGUCGAGAUAUCUUACACCAAGAGCCAAUACGGAACUGUGAACGCAAGGAGCCCGGGCGUGCGUGAUCCAUACGCCGCGUACCAGGCCUGCGUUCAGAGGGUUGAGGAAUUAAAGAGACAGCAGUUGGAGGCUGCAGGAAUUGGAAGUUUCACAUUCACCGGGGGAAAUGAUAAAGGACAGAGCUCAUACAAUACUGGAAGACACCCAACUGAAUAUCAAGGAGCUGGACAGAACUCUUACAACACUGGGAGAUAUCCAGGCCAAAGUCAGGGAGCUGGACAGAACUCGUACAACACUGGGAGAUAUCCAGGCCAGAGUCAGGGAGCUGGACAGAACUCGUACAACGCUGGGAGAUAUCCAGGCCAGAGUCAGGGAGCUGGACAGAACUCGUACAGCACUGGGAGAUAUCCAGGCCAGAGUCAGGGAGCUGGACAGAACUCGUACAACGCUGGGAGAUAUCCAGGCCAGAGUCAGGGAGCUGGACAGAACUCGUACAACGCUGGGAGAUAUCCAGGCCAAAGUCAGGGAGCUGGACAGAACUCGUACAACACUGGGAGAUAUCCAGGCCAAAGUCAGGGAGCUGGACAGAACUCGUACAGCGCUGGGAGAUAUCCAGGCCAAAGUCAGGGAGCUGGACAGAACUCGUACAGCACUGGGAGAUAUCCAGGCCAGAGUCAGGGAGCUGGACAGAACUCUUACAGCACUGGGAGAUAUCCAGGCCAAACAAGUCAGGGAGCUGGACAGAACUCGUACAGCACUGGGAGAUAUCCAGGCCAGAGUCAGGGAGCUGGACAGAACUCGUACAGCACUGGGAGAUAUCCAGGCCAGAGUCAGGGAGCUGGACAGAACUCUUACAACGCUAGGAGACACCCAAGCCAGAGUCAGGGAGCUGGGCAGAACUCGUACAGCGCUGGGAGAUAUCCAGGCCAAAGUCAGGGAGCUGGACAGAACUCGUACAGCGCUGGGAGACACCCAAGCCAGAGUCAGGGAGGGUCUCAGGCCUCCGGCAGGGAUAGAAGUUCUUCAAGCCAACACCAAGAGUCUGCUCAAAGUUCCUACAACAGAAAUCCGCACAUAAACCCCAGCCGUGUUUCGACCAUAACACAGACCUACGAUAGACAGAACUCCCCACCGAUAGGCCAGAGUGUGACACAUCCUUCACACAAUGGAAACUCCCAUCCCAACCAUGCUCCAGCCACAACACAAACCUACGACAGACAAAACUACCCUCCCCAAGGCCAGAGUGUAACACGGCCUUCAUAUGGGGGAAACAUCUCUCCUAACCAUGCUCAAGCAACCACGCAAUCCUUUGCAGAUAACGAGGGAGCGACCCGGUCACCCUCCGGCAGCGGCGUAGAAACGACGUCGUCUUUGCCCUUUCCAAGCCUCAGUGGCACAGCGAGCCAGACCUCACCUUCGAGGAACAACCCGGGCCAGAUCCAAAUGGUGUUCCAGACAUCCGAUGGAAACUCUAUGCAGUUUCAGGAGAAUGCCAGCAGGGGAGUAACUACGGGCCAGUGUGCUUAUGUAGACUGGCAAGGUCGCACGAUAAAGAUCAGUUACACCAAGCAUGCUGACGGAAAAGUUGAUGUAGUCACGGACCCUGUAGUGUGGUAUCCAAAGAGAGCAUACCGCACCUGCCUCAGCAAGGCCAAGGAGGAGAGUAAGAGGCUUGAUAGCGAAAUGGCUCAGAUCGAAUCUGACCUUCGCCAGACAGAGCGGGAAGUGCACUCCACAGUUGCCCGUCAGGAAGAGAAAGCAUUCGGACGUGGUGGUUGGUAAGGAAGAAAGUAUGCCUACUGAGACACAAACUGGAUAUGGACCCUUACUAUAGUGCCACAAGGCUAUGCCUACCCCCCCCCUCUCUCUCUCUCUCUCUCUCUCUCUCUCUCUCUCUCUCUCUCUCUCUCUCUCUCUCUCUCUCUCUAUCUCUCUCCCUCUCUCUCUCCUCUGGCAUUAAGGUCUGACUGUAUCUCCUUCGGAAAUUUUCUUUCUCUCUCUCACUCUCUCUCUCUCUCUCUCUCUCUCUCUCUCUCUCUCUCUCUCUCUCUCUCUCUCUCUCUCUCUCUCUCCUCUGGCAUUAAGGUCUGACUGUAUCUCCUUCGGAAAUGUUCUUUCUUUUAGAUCUACCUAUUUUUCUUUCUUGUGUUUUGAACGAGGAAUUCACAAAGCAUGAUAAAAUGGAUGUUCUUUAUAGGAAUGCAAAAAAUAAAGAAUAUUUGAAUACAA